CUCCCCCGAGUCUGCGGGCGGCGCCGAGGCCGAGGAGCGCUCGCUGCAGCACAUGCUGCGAGCCAUAGCUGAGGAGCGUGGCCGCCUCUGCCUGCGGCGCGAGGUCUGCGGCCUCGGGUGCUUCAAGGAUGACCGCAUUGUCUUCUGGACUUGGAUGUUCUCCACUUACUUCAUGGAGAAAUGGGCUCCCCGGCAGGACGACAUGCUUUUCUAUGUGCGCCGGAAGCUGGCAUAUGCUGGCAGUGAGACCAGCACUGAUGGGAGGAAGGUGGCUGAGGCUGAACCUGAGGUGGAAGUGGAGGUGUACCGGCGGGACUCCAAGAAGCUGCCAGGCCUGGGAGACCCUGACAUUGACUGGGAGGAGAGCGUUUGCCUGAACCUCAUCCUGCAGAAGCUGGACUACAUGGUGACCUGUGCGGUGUGCACACGCACUGACAGUGGCGACAUCCACAUCCACAGGAAGAAGUCCCAGCAAGUAUUUGCAUCACCCAGUAAGCACCCCAUGGACAGCAAAGGGGAGGAGUCCAAGAUCAGCUACCCCAACAUCUUCUUCAUGAUCGACAGCUUCGAGGAGGUGUUCAGCGACAUGACUGUGGGGGAAGGAGAGAUGGUCUGUGUGGAACUGGUGGCCAGUGACAAAACCAACAUGUUUCAAGGGGUCAUCUUCCAGGGCUCCAUCCGCUAUGAGGCACUCAAGAAGGUGUAUGACAACCGGGUGAGCGUGGCUGCCCGCAUGGCCCAGAAGAUGUCAUUUGGCUUCUACAAAUACAACAACAUGGAGUUUGUGCGCAUGAAGGGGCCACAGGGCAAGGGCCAUGCUGAGAUGGCCGUCAGCCGAGUGUCCACAGGUGACACGUCCCCCUGUGGGACCGAGGAGGACUCCAGCCCAGCGUCGCCCAUGCAUGAGCGGGUGACCUCCUUCAGCACUCCCCCUACCCCGGAGCGGAACAACCGACCGGCCUUCUUCUCCCCAUCCCUAAAGAGGAAGGUCCCCCGGAACCGGAUUGCUGAGAUGAAGAAGUCUCAUUCAGCCAAUGACAGCGAGGAGUUCUUCCGAGAGGACGAUGGUGGAGCGGAUCUGCACAACGCCACCAACCUGCGUUCUCGGUCCCUGUCCGGCACUGGAAGGUCACUGGUGGGGUCCUGGCUGAAGCUGAACAGAGCGGAUGGGAAUUUCCUUCUCUAUGCACACUUAACCUACGUCACUUUGCCGCUGCAUCGGAUUUUAACAGACAUCCUGGAAGUACGGCAGAAGCCCAUCCUGAUGACCUAGCCGUGUGCGGAGCCCGUGUGGAGCCCCGGCCCUCCCCGGCUCUGGGAGUGCUGCCAAGUGCCUACCCGUCCACCGCCACCGGGGUCUCUGUGACAAGCUGGAGCCGCAGCCAGGCGGGGCCACUCACCUCCCGGGGUAGGGCCGACUCCUGAACACCAGCCCAAACUGAAGUGCCUCUUUCUGCCCUGUGCUGGCUCUGCCCUGCCUCUGCCCAUGUGCCCGGCGCCCCAGUCCACCUCUAGAGAGCCCUCUGCACCCAAAAGGGAACAGAGGCGCCAAGAGGCAGUAAGAAAUCGUGUAAGGGGGCAGUGAGUGCCCAGAGGGGGCCUGACCUCCUGCCGUGGUGUUCACAUCUGACAGCAGGGGAGACCACCCGGCGGGGGCAUGCAGCAUGUCAAACCGUCAACUCUUUGUUAAGGAAAACCAAUUUCAGAUUUUGUAACACCAUACUGAUGAACUUCAGCAUCCCAGUCAGCCCCAGCUCAUCCUCCCCUAGUUAUCACUUUGAUCUGCUAGGUCACUGCAGGGAGAUGGGGAACCCAAGACGUGUGAUGGCUUCACCUUGGGCUGGGAGUGCCUCACCCAUGCCCAGUUCCAGGAAGGCCUUGAGCUGAGCAGACAGGCCCCGAUCCUGCCAGAAUGGCCUUUUGCUUCCAGCCAAAGAACACGCCAACAUACACACCUCUAACUGGAGAUACCCCACUCUGGGCCUUGGGUGGUGUGACCCGCAGAAUUUGGAUUCUGAGGGCAGGUGGGGGGGCUUGGUAGCCAGGCAGGAGAACAGGAUUUCUACCAAAGGGUGUCUGAUGGUGGGUGGGUUGGGGUUGACGUCCUCCCAGGAAGGUCUACGUAGAACUCCCAUCUCCUGGGGGCUGAGGGAGAGAAGGGCAUGUCACUUCAUCUUCCCUGGUUUCCUAAACCUUAUUUCCUUUGACUGCGCGUGCUGUGCCAUUUCUAAGAUCAGCUCACGGAGCCAAGAGGAGUGGCCCAGAUAGCUCACAUGAGGCCGCUCUCAGUGGUUCUUGGGAGUAGCCACCCAGCGUAGGCCUGUCUGCGGCCUGUGACAGCAUGAAGGAGUUUCCAUCUGCAAUGACCGUCACUUUGCUACUUUGCUCUCCUCGGGCAGAGGCACCUCCUGCCCAACUGGGAAUAAACUGGAAGCUGGGUCUCUUUGUUGCUAUGGGUUUUGUUUGUUUGAAGUCCCCAGGAGUAUUUGAGGGGUUCCAGUGAGGAAUUUAGAGAUCUUUGUGGGGCAAAAGGAGGAGGAGGGCUCACGUUCCUAUCUGUGUUCAUUCUGCGGGCUCCGGAAACGGGACUACUUUGGGGCUUUCUCCAGAUUUUGUAUAUUGUUAUUAAAAGCGAGCUAUUGCAUUUCA